AUGUCCGGCCCAGAUCCAGAUAGGGACGUGUCUUGCGCGGAGCCGCCCGCUCCGCUAACCGCGAUUAACGAUCUCUCUCCGUCCUUAUCAGCAUCGCAGACCCAGCCUCAACAACGGCCAGAAGCAGCAGCAGCAGCCUUGGCAGCCCGGCCCGGAGAAUCCCCCGAGCAGCAUCACCAUCACGGCGUCGACAGCAGCAGCGGCCUCGUCGACGGCAACGGCGAUGGCAACCGCAACAACGCCGACGACGCCGACCUGCCGCCCUUCGAGCCCAUCUUCACCCUCCUGACCAACAACACCACAAACACCACCGUCCACCCUCGCGUCCACUACCUCUUCAGCGACGACGACGCCUCCGCCGUCCUCACCGCCCCGCAGACCGACCCUCUGCACCGCGCCCUCGUCGUCGACCUCGCUCCGCCCGCCGCCCCCAACGGCAAAUGGACCGUCUCCUGGGCAUCCAGCCUCACACCAAGCUUUGCCGUCACAGCCUCGCAGCUCUCCCUCCAGCAGCACGGCGGCAACGACGCCGAGGCCGGGUCGACGUCGGCCGUGCUUCGCGUCGAGGGCGUGGAGCGCGAGGCUGUUGCUUCGGGGCCCAACAGCCUCCCCAGCUCGGGCAGCGGCGUCGUCGGCCGGGAAAACGUCGAGCAGCUCACCGACGAGUUUAGGCGUCGCAUGGGCGUGCUCAAGAAGGUCGUUGACGAGGGCGAGAGGAGGAGGGAAGCGCUGAGCAGGCUGGGCGAGGGGAGGGCGCAGCAGCAUCCUGACCAAGGCGAGGAGCACGACGAUGCUGGUGAGAGGAGCGUGCCGGAAGGACAGGAUGGAUGA